AUGAGAUUACCAUUCAAUAAAUCCCAUAUUUCAAAUUUAGCAAAACUGCACCGUCGCUACAUGUCAACGUCGUAUCCACAGCCAACAGAAUCUAGAGCCAGAGAGUUAGUAACAAAUUACAACGCCAUACUAGCCAAGGUUCAUGAGUUGAACCCCAAGACCAGAUUGGUUGCAGUUUCAAAGUUUAAACCGUCAUCAGAUAUAAUGGCCUUGUACUCUAUUGGAGUACGACACUUUGGCGAAAAUUACGUUCAGGAACUAGUUGCAAAAUCAGAGGAGCUACCUAAGGAUAUAUGCUGGCAUUUCAUUGGAGGGUUACAACUGGGGAAAUGUAAAGAUUUGAGUAAUAAAGUAUCAAACUUGUGGGCAGUUGAGACUAUGGAUAGUUUGAAAAAAUGCAGACAGUUAAAUAACGCAAGGGAGAGGAAAGAUGGCGAAACUAUUAACGUUUACCUCCAAGUCAAUACGUCGGGCGAGGAACAGAAAUCAGGAUUUUUAAGCAUGUCUGAUUUGGAAGAAACGGUGGAAUACAUCCAGAGUGACGAUUGUAAGAGAUUAAAGCUUGUUGGUUUGAUGACAAUAGGUUCGAUUGCCGAGUCAAAGUCUGACCACGCGGAGAACCACGACUUUAAGGAAUUGGUAGAGUGGAAGCAUGUUCUAGACGCCAAAUACAAGUUAGAUCUCGAAUUGAGUAUGGGAAUGAGUAGCGAUUACGAGCAGGCUAUCAAACAAGGAAGUACAUCUGUCAGAGUGGGGUCAUCCAUUUUCGGUGCAAGACCGCCUAGGAGAGAAAUAGUAUAA